UGGUCCCAUGGCAGAUGUCACUUCCUUCUUCCCCCGCCUAUAAAUCCAGCCCCCAAUCCCUUCACUCCAAAAUUUCAAGCCUCCCUUUCUUCUUCCUCCUCCUCCCAUCAACACAAUCAAGCAGCAACAGCACCCAUCUUCUCCUUCUUCUUCUUCUCCAUUACCGGCCAUGGCGCCGCCGCCGCCGACGACCGCCGCCGCCAUGCCAGCUCUCCCGCCAGGCUUCCGGUUCCACCCGACAGACGCAGAGCUCAUAACGCACUACCUAGCCAACCAAUCCUCCUCCAGCCCCAUCCCGGCGCCGAUCAUCGCCGAGGUCAACAUCUACCGGUCCAACCCCUGGGAGCUCCCGGCCAAGGCCCUCUUCGGCGCCCGCGACGGCGAGUGGUUCUUCUUCAGCCCCAGGGACCGCAAGUACCCCAACGGCGCCCGCCCCAACCGCGCCGCCGGGGAUGGCUACUGGAAGGCCACCGGCACCGACAAGCCCAUCGUCGCCUCCGACUCUGCUUCCGCCAUUGUUGGCGUCAAGAAGGCUCUCGUGUUUUACCGCGGGAAGCCGCCCAGAGGGGUUAAGACUGACUGGAUCAUGCAUGAGUACAGGCUCGCUUCUUCUUCUGCCAAUGGCGCCUGCAAGCGCCGAUCUUCUGCUGGAUCUGCCUCCUCCAUGAGGCUGGAUGAUUGGGUGCUGUGUAGGAUCCACAAGAAGAACAGCAACGGCAGCACUAACUUGCACAACUUCUCUUCUUCUUCUGAACAUGAACACGAGCAGGAGGAGAGCUCAACCGUGGAAGAAUCCUCCAUGAACAACACCAACAUGAAGAACAACGCCGUGGCAUCGCCAAAGUCGGAAGCUUUCGACGGCGGCAACGACGAAGAGCUUCAGGAGCUCCGGCCCAUGGCGAUCGCCAAGUCCUGCUCCAUCACCGACCUCCUCAACACCGUCGACUACGCCUCCCUCUCCCAUCUCCUCCUCGACGGCGCCGCGGACACAGCGGCUUACCAUGACCAGCUGCCCGCGCCGGAGGAGAGCCCCCUGAUCUAUACGCCGCCUAAUCCAUGGCAAACACUGAACAACUGUAGUAACAAUAACAACAGCAGCAGCUUAAGCUACCUGAACGAUGACGCCAUUGCCGUGCCACAGCUAGCUGAGCAGCAUGAUCAGUACUACUACUCCUCUAAUGGCGAUCAGUACGUUAAUGGUGGUACUGUGAAGAGGAAGAGAUCCAGCGGCGGCGGCUACUGCAACCAGCUGCAGCACCAGGUUUCAGAUGAUCAUCUGCUGGCUGGUAACAGCUCCAGCAGUGGUGGAUUUCAGUACAGCGGCAUGCUGAUGCACCCGUUCCUGAUGAACAGCCACCAGCUGCAGAUGUGAAUUUGCUGACACUGCAGUGCGAGCUCCAUUAAACUCUCAAGUUCCUGUAGGAUUGGAUCUAGAUCGAGGUGAAAUUAAGAAGCUGGAGAUAUGAAUGGGUGUGGCGGAUUUUAAUUGGCCGGCGGCAGGAUUAAUUUCCUGCAGACCUGCUACCUGUCGAUCACAUAUUCAGAAUUCAGAUGCAUGCGCUGGGAAAAUUCAGAUGAAAUGUUUCUUCGUUUAGUCUACUACUACGUUAAGAAUGUAAAUUAAUUAUGGGUAUUUGUCUGCAAAUAAAUGGGUGCCAAAGGUUAAUAUAUAUACUGAUCCUCAACA